GGGUAUAAUUAACCCAUUCCCUGCUUCAAAAUGCAUCAAAUCAUCUCCGCUUCAGUGUAUCUAUACAGCUGAAGGACAUACCAAGGCUGUGCUUUGCAUUGAUGCAACUGAUGACCUUCUCUUCACUGGAUCUAAAGAUCGUACCUGUAAAGUCUGGAACCUGGUAACUGGACAAGAGAUUAUGUCUCUGGGGGGUCAUCCAAAUAACGUUGUUUCUAUAAAAUAUUGCAACUACACUAGCCUGGUCUUCACAGUCUCCACGUCCUACAUCAAGGUGUGGGACAUCAGAGAUUCUGCUAAGUGUAUUCGGACGUUGACGUCUUCAGGCCAGGCAAUGCCUGGUGAUGUGUGUUCAGGAAGUACUAACAGAACAGUCACUAUCCCAGCUGGAGAGAACCAGAUCAAUCAAAUUGCACUAAAUCCAACUGGCACAUUCCUCUAUGCAGCUGCUGGAAACUCAGUGAGGAUGUGGGACUUGAAAAGAUUUCAGUCUACAGGAAAGCUAACUGGUCACCAGGGUCCUGUUAUGUGCCUUACUAUAGAUCGAAUUUCCAAUGGACAAGAUCUCAUUGUCACUGGUUCAAAGGAUCAUUAUAUAAAGAUGUUCGACGUGACUGAAGGAGCUCUUGGAAGUGUAAGUCCUACACACAAUUUUGAACCUCCUCAUUAUGAUGGCAUUGAAGCACUUGCUAUUAUGGGAGACAACCUCUUUAGUGGAUCCAGAGACAAUGGAAUUAAGAAAUGGGAUUUAACUCAAAAAGACCUUCUUCAGCAAGUUCCUAAUGCUCAUAAAGACUGGGUGUGUGCUCUUGGCCUGGUACCUGGAGCUCCGGUUCUGCUCAGUGGCUGCAGAGGAGGCACCCUCAAGCUCUGGAAUGUGGACACCUUCGCACCCAUUGGGGAGAUGAAGGGACACGAUAGCCCCAUAAAUGCAAUCUGCACCAACUCUGGCCAGAUUUUCACAGCAUCAGAUGACCGGACUGUGAGGAUCUGGAAAGCCCGAAAUGUAAUAGAUGGACAGAGCUCAGAUACAGGAGAUGCAAGUGAAGAUCUUGCCAGUAAUUGAAAUCACAGGGAUAAAUAAACAUACUGAUGAUUUUGAGGUGCACUCUAUGCAGUUUGCUGCAUGCUUAUUUAGUAAUCAGUGAUGACUGGAGUGAACUGAAAAAUAAGAGUGAACUCUUCUACUUAGACCUGCUGUCCUUAAAAUAUGUACUGUAUUUAAGAAAAAAAUAACCUCUUGGUAACUUGCUUGUGUCUCAAUGGUCACAUAUAUGUGUCUACACAUUAUGGCUGAAUUUGUGUGCGUAUGUAACACUUGCAGUUAAAGUUAACUGGAAAUCAGUCUUCUCUAACGACCAUCUCAAAAUUAUAACGUGGAUUAUAUAACAAAAGUGCUCUGCUGCAUUUCACUCACAAGUUUGAUCAGCUCUUUUGCAUUUUAGGGUAGCAGGGGAAUGAUGAUGUCCCAGUAAUAAGCCUUUGAUUAUGGCAGGAGUUGUUUCAGGAUUCUAAAGGUCACUUACACUGUUAGGAAAAUGGAGUGAAUAAAAGAUGGAAAGAAGCUGUUAAUGGCACGUCUGUCUGACAUGGCUGUAUCCUGCUAACAGCGAAUGCCAUAUGAUUUGUGUUAAUGUUAGCAUAUAAUCCUUUUUGACCAAAGUUGUGCAGCUAUGUAUACUCUGUGCUCAGGACUAGAACUCGAAUGCUCAUAAAUUGGUAUGUUUCAUUAGUGUUUUGCCCAUAUUCUGUAAUGACUAGGUGUUCUUAAUGUCAUAACAGAAAUAUAUCUUAAUCUAUUUUCUUAUGGAUUUGUUUUUAUCAUCUCACAUUUUCUUUUUUUAAAGCAAAAUGUCUUUCCUUUUAUCUAAUUUUGUAUGCUGCUAAAUGUAUUUUAAAUACUGUUUUGCAAACCUUGGCAGUUACUUUGAGAACUGAACCACGUGUAUUUGGAAAAAGCUAUGUAAAUAGAUGGUUGUACAAAGAAAAUACCUUAUCUUGUGCCUGUAUGACUUUUAAAGCUCUCAGAGUGUGGAUAUUGAGGGAGGAUGUAUAAUUUACCCAACUUUAAUAUUAAUUUGUAAAUUCUGCAAAUUUUAAAAGUUUAUGUAGAUUCACACACAGUGUUUGGAUGUUGAGGUUUUUUUGGCUGUUCUUUUUUUUCUAGAAAAUACCAGUCUGUAAAUUAUAGCUGUGUAGGUAACACUUAAAUAAAGAUGUGAAUGUGAGCU